AUGACAUUCCAGACUGAGAACGUUGAUGCAAAACUGAUAGUGGACAAAGCACAACAAGAAUGGAUUGAAUAUGAAGCUGAGAAUGAAACAGAUACAAGAACAAAUGCAUCAUCAGAAGUGGACAGACAGAUAGAGCAGGGAUGGGAGCCACCUAAGGAAGGAGUGAUUAAGAUAAAUACAGAUGCAGCAAUCUCAGCUAAAAUGAGAGUGUCUGCUGAUGCUGAAUGCUCCUCAGAAGGCGAAGGGGUUGGGUUCUACUGGGGCCAAAGUCUUCAUGAUGAAAACCUGGCUGAGAUGUGCAACAACAGUAUGUAUCGCUACGCGGUUCUCGCCUCCCUAAAUUUGGAGGGUAACAAACCAGUCUUGAGCAUAGAUGACAAGUGCAAUCCGAGCUACCCGGCUGGCUGCGCCUACCUAGGUCAUAUGAUAGAUUUCUGCAAGGCUCAAGGCAUCAAAGUAUUACUUUCCCUUGGUGGGAGGCCUGAUCUUUCUUCUGAUGAUGCUCACAAUGUUGCAGAAUAUAUCUGGAACAAUUUUUUGAGUAAUAAUUCAGGCCCUGGUCCUCUCAAUGCUACUGUAGAUGGAAUAGACUUCCGUAUCCAAAGCGGAUCAAACCAGAGUCUGGAUGUUCUCGCCCAGGCACUCAGGAAUUAUAGCACACCUGAAAGAAAGGUGUACUUAUCUGCAGCACCACUUUGUCAAAUUCCUGACUAUUAUCUUGACGAUGCUAUCAAAACUGGCGUCUUUGACCACGUGUGGGUGCAAUUUUUCGGUGAUCCUUCAUGUAAAUUCUAUCCACCCAUUUGGAUUGCAUGGUAUUGUUAUCUAGACAAAUAUAAUACUACAUUAUCCCUGGGAAUAACUAGAAAUCCCGACACUGACGGUUUCAUCCCAUGUGAUGAUCUAUUUACAAGGACGUUCUUUGUGGUGCAGUUUCCCAAAUUUGGAACGCUCAUGGUGUUUGAGGGCAGAUACGAGUGCAAUUUUAGUUCUGGUGUACUUCUGGCUUCUGGUAAAAAGUCCAUGAAUAAGUUCUACGCCAUCGACUAA